UUGAUGUUUUACAAAGUGUAACGUAAAUAAUUAUAAAUUAAUUCUAAUCCAUUUAGUAUAUUUCUUUUUAACCGUUACUUAAAUUCAUCUAAAGUCGAUCUCGUAUACAAUAAAAUGAAGAUCCAAAUACCUUAGUGAGCAUAGCUAUGAUUAUGUGCCACAAAAAUUGUGUUUAGAAAGUUCCCAAGGCUUGAAUCCUAGUUCUAACGAUAUGGAUAUUCACUCUGAAUAUAUGGAACCUGUUACGCCAGGGCUUACUUACGAUAAUGUUGGUUACUGGAAAACUGAGGAUAGCGGAUACCAUACAUCAUACACUCCAGGUUCAUUGGAGUGCUCGGAAUUAUCAAGUGAAAACUUCAACCCUACAAUAUUUCAGAGCAAAAUUGGCUUUACAGGACAGUUUCAAGUAGGUUGUUAUGACAUCCAAUCAGAUGUCAACUUUCGACCUACAUUACAGUUUAGUACAGGAAUUAUCAGAUCACAGGAAACUCAUAUAGAAUCACCACAAAACCGAAGAGGCGUCAAACGGGCGUAUAAUGGAGAGCCAGACAAUAGAGAUCAUAUCAACUACGGCUCUAUCCCAACUCCCACAAGUAUGAUAGCGGGAGGAUUGUGUAAGCUGAGGUUUAGUGAUAAAAAGUUAAAUACAUCCUAUUCUUCUGGAAGUUUUGAUUCUGCAGACUUUUUAACUGGAGAUUUAUACUCAAGAAAUGAACAUAUUCAUACACCUUACCCUACAACACCUAUUAAAAAGGUCUGCAGAAACAAUUGCAAGUUGAGUAGUCCACUAAAUCCUAGAAAACCAGUAAAGAAGCUUAACUUUGCUAUACACUCAUUGUCAUGUGAUAGACAAGCGUUACAACCCAUUGUCAAGUCUGUUAAACUUCAGAAUAAUGCUGAUAAUGCAUAUAAAUUUAGACCUAAUCAGAAAAUAGACAUAAUAAAAAUGUUGUAUCAAGAAGCAAACGUUAUGCCGCCAGUAAUGAAAAUUUUCAAUUAUUUGUCAAAUGAAGAUAUUUAUAAGUUUACAUUAGUUAGCCCCCUGUGGCAAAAAGUUUGGGAAGAUGUAAGCAAGGUAAAAACCAAGAAGCAAGAGUAUUUACACUACCUUAAGGAUGUACGGGACAACCAGGAAAACAAAAUGUCAACACCCAAAAACAUUGACACCAUUCAGAUAAGACCAUUAAUGGAGAUUCACAAUGUAUUGAAUAAUCACAAUGUAAUAAAUAAGACAACUAGUACUCCUAUUAGCCCUCCAGGAACACCUAAAACCAUCAGAUUUAAAAGAUUUGCUAAGGCUGCAUCAUUAGAUAUACGUAAGCAACUGUGCUGUGUGCGAUGUCAAAAACCUGCCAAAAUAACAGAAGAGUCUUCUGGAGAGGAAUGGGUUGAGUGCACAAGUGUCACUUGCUCCUACCAGUUUUGCAGAUUUUGUAAGUGUGAUAGGCAUCCAGGUAAGAAUUGCUUCAAAUAUGACCUUGAUGGCCCUAGUCCAUCAAAGAGGAAGAAAAAUACCUGUGCUGUAGGUACCAAGAAAAGCAGAAAAAACUUAAGAAGACUCCUGUGACUUUAAUAUUGUAGAUGUAUACUUAUACCAGUGAUUUACUAUAGAAGUUUUUGUUUGCAUUCCAUACCCAAAGAUAUGAUGAUUUCAAAAAUCAUUUGUAAGAGAUUAGUAUGAAAUAAUUUCGAGUAAUGGAAUUGAGGAUUCCGUAGGUCUGAUAUUGUGCCAUUUUUAUUUGAUAAUUUUAUAGUAUGACUGCACUAACAACUUACUGUAAUACCAAUUGUAAGAUUGUAUUACAUUAACAACAAAAUUUUCUAAAGGUAACAACUUUGUUAAGCCUCUUACAAUGAAAGUACAAUAUUUAAUACAUAUAGAUAAAUUAUGCAUACCAUCAAUAUGAUAAGUAACUUUCCUUUUAUUUAAACAGGAUAAGUAUAAUAUGGUUGAAAAAUGCUUGACAGUAUAAUUUAGAAUUGUUUUAUAAAUAUUUUUAUGGCCAUUUCAAAAUUUCACCCUGUAAACUCUGGCAAAAAAGUACUUUAGUAGUCUCUGGAUUUAAGCUAUCCCUAUGCGAAAUUACCCAUAGAUUGGCUGAGCUGCUGAGUUGUGGAUAGACUAUUUUUAAAUCCUGCAGGAUUGGUUCAUGGGUAGUUUACUGGGAUAAAAAUUAAUGUGUGCUGUAAGCUAAAUAUCCUUAAGAUCUUGACUGUAGAGAGGCUGAUUAUAUAUAACAAGUAAACUCCAAACAAAGAUACACUUUUGAAUUUAUAGCUAGCUUUUUAAAAUGUUAGUUUUCCUGGGAAAAAAUCCAACCAAACCAAAAUGCCUAUUGUCUUCCAUAUGCAAGCUCCCUCUAUACCAAGAUUAAUAAAGCCGUUCAACAGUGGUAGGUAACAAGGCUUGUUCCAAAAUAAAAAGCAUCUUCAGAAUGCAAGCUGCAGUGGUUUGAACACAGGUAAGAAACAGACAAACUUUCGCAAUUAGUAUGCUCUUAUUGAGUUUAUUAAUAUAAUUUUACCUUAUAAGUAGUGAACACGCAAAUGCAUUCAUACAAGUAUAACUGUCAAUGUAGUUUUACUAGGGGUAGCUUGUUUCAAAUACUUACCUAAAUUACUUAUAACGACUCGCUUGCCCUGCUGCUCGCGAAACAAAAAAAAAUGAUAUCUACAAAAUAAAUCUAUAUGGAAUUUGCUAUGCAAAAAGUUGUAAUGCCUUUAGAAAAUUUUUGAUUUUUAAAGGAAGAAGUUCCCAAAAUGUAGGUUAAUGUAAAGGACUGAUAUUUUAUUGCCAUAAACAAUAACAUAAGGUGGACAGUUUUUUUGUUUUACACAAUAUUUUAUAAGAAUUUCAUUUGAGCUCAAAAUUGAAAGGGUUAAAUCAUUAUAAUUUUAACUAGUUAAUAAAAGCUAUGUAUAAAAAAUUGGAAUCUUUUGCCAUAAAAUUCAGUUAACGAUAAUUUUUAAAGUAAGUAAGUACAAAGAACAGCAACUGUGAUAUUACAGGUAAUAUUUCACUCAUAUCUGUUUUAACACUUAAAAGCACACUUGACAUUUAUGCACUCUAUUUAAUGUUUGACAAUGUCUUACCUCACUCAUCUAGAAAUAUUUUGUAGAGCAUAGUUACUGAUUAGGGUUAUAAAAAAUUACUACUUAGUUGUGCAACAUCACUGCAUAUAAUUUAAGUCGAUAGUUAAGAUAUUUUAAGAUUUGGUAUUGUGAUAAUAUUUUUUCGAAUACUUGAACCUCUGAUGGUUAAUGCAAUUAAAGAGUUUUAUGUGCUUUUUCUUCAUUACUGCUAUAGUUCACAAUUUUAUUUAAUAAAAAUGUUACAUAAAACCUUUUGGGAGUCGAAAAUGUACUGCAAUACAACAAAAUUGAAGUAAAUACUUGUAAGAACCUGGCGAUUUAUCUUAAUAAUAUGUACAAUUGACAUUGUAUUUUAAUAUUUUUACUUAUUAAUUUCUCUUAAGAAGAAGACUAUAAUUUCUUCUGCAGAUGUAUGUUUUUAUUGCAUAAACAUUUUAAUAGAUACUCUUUCUAUUUUCUAGUCUAAAAUAUGAAAUAUGUAAUUUCGUUAAUAAAAAUUGCCGACAGCAUUUAUUACUGAGUUCUACACCCUGAUAGGUACAAUGUAAUCAAAACUCAUUGACAUUUCUUCACUUCAAAGGACUGUUUAUUUUGCAUUUAAAUUUGUAGAUAUUUAGGCUAAAAAUAAGGUAUACACCGCAAUUUUAUUUUUUGGUAUGUUAAGAUUUCGUCUGAAAAAAAGACUUCUUGAUCGUGUGUGUAAAAAAUCUGACGGCCGUUAUAAAUAAUAAUUCAUCAGUAAGUUUUUUUACACACACGUUAGUUUUGUCAGAGAAUCUUUUCUGAAAAGAAAUACAUUUACGUGUAUCUAUAAUCCUAUUUUUCUAGCAUGACCUUCUUGUGUAAAGAAUCUUUGCCUUUAAAUAUGAAGUCAAUUAAAAACACAAAUCUUACGCUUAUGAAAAGAUUGUUUACAUAAUAAUACCAGUCAGAAUAACGGAGUAGGUAGUAUAUCAUGAAUUUUGCAAAAACAAACUGGCGCCAUAGUAUCUACUUUAUAUUAAUUAAAACCUGUUCUUAUAACGGUAAUACUUAGGUGGCAAUAUCCUGACCAAUAAGGGAUUGUAGGUUACAUUUUGGUUGUUAUUUGAAGGAUUAAGAAUAUCGCCAACGCAUGAGGUUUACUUAAAAAACUCGUACCAAUUUACUAACACAAGUAUCUUGUGUUGAAACCUGUUCUUAAAACAGUUAUUCUUGAUCAAGCAGCAAGAACUUAAUACAUUCUGCAGAGGGAUUUUGGAAAAUUUACUUUCGUAUCGCCGUUCAUUCCGGCAGUAGUCAAGUGUUUUACAAAUAAUACCUUAACAGCAUUUAAGCUAAUGAUUCAGUAUUUUCAAUGUGAAAUCCAUUAUAAAUACAUACAUCACAUAUUAUUAGUUAUUUAUUGUCAGUGCUUAGACUUAUAAAAUCACAGACAAUAAAAAUGUUAGUUUAAUUAUAUUAUUCUUAACAGUGCCUUUCUGUCGAGGCCUGACUUGGGACCAAUACUCUUAUGUAGAUACCAUAUGUAUUUUAAAUUUGUAAAUAAUUAAAUUUGCAUAUUCCUUUUACUCGUAACUUUAAAGACAAGUCAUUUAAGUUAGCGUUCUUGUAAUUUUUAAUUUGAAUAGAUAUAAUUUUUGUUUCAACUUAGUUUUAAUCAAAUUUUCUUUCGUAUUCAUAAUACCACAAAGAAAUAUUAUUUAUUCGAAAAGGCAAUUAAAACGUCAUUUAAAUUGAAUGUCGACUACGCAGUCCUCAUAAAUAGAUCAUACACAUUUAAUUUUGAUUCAUUCCAUCGUAUCGCACGGAACAGCCGUCUUAAUGCAAAAUUACAAUCCUUGAACGUUCGUACAUUAUAAAGCAAAUAAUAAAGUAAUUCUCCUGUAUAAUAUUUUGACUAUAAUAAAGUAAUUAUUUAAACUGAAAAGAUUAGGGCCGUGAUUCUCUAUUACAUUCUGUACAUAACCAAAAUUUGUGACGUAAAAAAAUACUUCACAAGAUUAAUAACAGUCAGUAAAGAUUUCAAUGCAAUGGAGGAUUAUGGCCCAGAUUUGUAAUGUAUUUAAAAUAUACCUGGGUAUGUUAUAUCAACGGUUAAAUAGUCAACUUAUUAAUCUCAAAAUGCGUUCAAGAGAUCGAAAGCUUCCUUGUAACGUACAUCCAUAAUUAAUAUGGUACGAUUCAAGGGAUCACUUGUGGCCAUAUUUUAGCAAGAAAUUAAAUUAGCGAGAAUUCAGAUUACUCAGUUCGUUUACUGUUGUAACGGUGAAUAUAUUGGUACAAAAAAUAUCCACAUCAGAACUUUGUCUUCAGGUUUGUUAUGAAAAAUUAUUUUAAAAGUAGUUAGUAAUAUUUAAAUAUCGAUGAUAUUUUCCGUUUUAUCACAACAAAUACAUUUAAGGGGAACUGGUAGGUAGGUAGCUUUUUCAACUCUACCUCAGUAAUUCCGAUCUUAAACUAGAAUUCAUAUUUUUUGUUUGUAUGUAUUAUAUUAAGGUAUUUGAUUUUAAAACGAGAUGAUUUGAAAAUAAUUGCUGAACUUAUUUCGAAUAGUAAUAUUUUCAAUACACCAAUCGGUUGUAUCAUUCAUAUUAUUAUUUAAGAAUUUUGGUUACAAUUAUUACGUUUUAAAAAUGUUGGCAUUGAAAAUAAGUUUGCGAUGUCAUGUUUGUUAUUUUCCAUUGCGAUCCUUAUUCGGUAAAAUGAUGAUGAUGAAGAUUAUAUUUUAUUUAUUUGUAAAUAUAUAUUUUUUAAAUGUUUCAAGUUGACAUUAACAGUAAACCAUUAAUUUUAUCAUUAUAAUCCGAUUCAUCUAUAAUAAUUGUAUUAAGAAUUUAAUCAGAUAUUUGAAUAGCCCAGAAUAAUUGAAUAACCCAUAUAUUUUUUGUAAGAUUUCCGCAUUUAUUUUAUUAUUAUUUAUG